UCGGACUUAGAGAGCCCUUCCAUGGCGAUCUACACGGCCGCGAUCACCCGUCACCGCCCGAUCCAGCUGCAGCCGCUGGAUCGAGUCUGGGGAACGCCGACUGGACGGCCGCUGCGGAGGGCAGCGGUCGUCGCGGUGGCGAAGAAGGCGAUCGAGGGGGUCGGUGAUGAGCUCAACGCCGUGGCGGCCGAGAAUAUGGACUUUGCCCCCGCUCGCCGCCGUGUUCGCUAUGCCUUCGCCGACGUCCACCGCCGCCUCGACCACUUCUUGUUCAAGAUAGCUCCGACAGGAAUCCAAAUGGAGGAGAGAUACGAGAUGAAUUCUAAAGGAGUAGAGGUAUUCUGGAAGAGCUGGCUGCCGAAGCCUGGUACCACCACCAAGGCUGCUCUUUUCUUUUGCCAUGGAUACGGCAGUACCUGCACCUUCUUCUUUGAGGGGAUUGCAAAGAUAAUUGCAGAUGCAGGCUAUGCAGUCUUUGCCAUGGACUACCCCGGUUUUGGGCUCUCGCAGGGCUUGCAUGGCUAUAUCCCGAGUUUUGAUGGAAUGGUAGACCAUGUUAUCGAGCAAUAUGCAGCCAUCAGAGCUAUGGAGGGAGUUAGAGAACUACGUCACUUCCUCUUGGGGCAAUCGAUGGGUGGAGCUGUUGCACUUAAAAUCCACUUGAAGCAGCCAGAGGAGUGGGAUGGAGUGCUUCUUGUGGCACCAAUGUGCAAAAUUGCAGAAGAGGUGACACCACCAGGACCUGUUUUGAAGGCACUAACUCUCAUGUCAUAUGUUUUACCUGAGGCAAAGUUAUUUCCGCAGAAAGAUCUAGGAGUCUUGUCAUUCAGAGAUCCAACGAAAAGAAAAGUGGCCGAGUUAAAUGUGAUUUCAUAUUCUGACCAAAUGCGGUUAAGAACAGCUGUUGAACUAAUAAAGGCUACGCAAGAUAUUGAGUCACAACUGAAGAAGGACAUUUAUGUUGACCAUCAAAAUCCCUCCUUUCCCUCAUCCACAUUCAUUCUUCAAACCAAUAAAUAUACUCUUCUUCAAGGAACAAUCAGAAGAACCAUGGCCUGCGUACUUGAAGCAAAAUUCAGAAUUCUGAUCACUCGUAAAAUCUUUCAGGUUCGUUCUCCAUUGCUGAUUCUUCACGGAGCUGCAGACAAAGUCACGGAUCCAAAUGUGAGCAAAAUCCUCUACAAUAUGGCUAAUACAAAUGACAAAACCCUCAAGCUGUAUGAAGAAGGCUUUCACUGUAUUCUAGAGGGAGAGCCAGAUGGAAGGAUCUUAAGUGUCAUUAAUGAUAUCAUAUCAUGGCUAGAUUCUCAUUCAGAUAAGAAUUAGUUGCCCUUAAGUAUUAUUCUUUGCUGAUGCAGAGAGUGCAGAUUCAAAUACUGAAUACUUUUGUUUUAUCUUCGGCAUCUUUUGAUGUUUUGUCACAAUCAAACAGUGUCUAAGAAACUAUUUACUGCUAAUAUAUGUCUAAUUUUCUGGCUCUUUGAUUA